AACACGGUUUGUCACGCCCCCACUGACUCGACAAGGAUGUCUCACAUGGAGCUGGGAUGGCACUGACCAGAAUAGCUACCCCAGCACGACCUCGAUCACGAAACUCCGGUACCCGCGUUGUCUGUUGCCGCUGCCGCUCCGGAUGCCGUAGGCCCAGAUUACGGCCCAGACUCCGACGCAAUUCCUGCGAACCUACCCUCGACGAAACUCAACAACGGGAACGAUUCAAACUUCCUCGCGGCAAAUCCAGUGCCUAAUGUCGACGGCGACCCGAUUAACACGAUACCUGACGUAGCCCCCGCACCAUGCACUGCCGACAAACCCGCGAGGAAAGUCAAUGCCCUCCCUAGAGCCUCGGGCCGCGCGCUCUCCACGAAAGUCAAGAUGGACGUCUCGCAGCAAUCUCCCACUCAAGAUAACGACGAUCGGGACUACGAGAACUACUAUGAAGGGCCUUCGUUCGUCGAGACAAGUCCGAUUUCGCCAGAGCAUAGCGCCGAGCAGCACGCGAUCCACGAGGAGGAUUCGGCCGUUGUCGACUUCGGCAACCUGGAUCACCUGAUUCUGGGCGACACUAAGGGCGACGAAGAGCCUUCAUCCUUUCCCGACCAUGCCGCACCUAUACAUACCCGUGGAGCUUGGCGAAAUCGCACUUCCAGCUCUCAACAACAAUCCUCUGUUCAGCGUACCGACGGCCAAUCCCCUCUGUUACCGACUGCCCCUCCGCCGCAGACUCCAGCGCAACGCCAUAACCCUUUUGCUGGGAAGAAACUAGGUGACCCUGCUCUGGCAGGAUCCCAAAUUUUCGGCCAGACACAGUUCUCAUCCGCCGUUAAGCAUUUCAGCCCUACCUCUUCGAGACCAUCGCCGCAGGUUUACGCCCACAACUCCAUCUCACCCAACAUAGCCGAGACGUCACCUCUUAAGAACCGGUACAACGUUACAUCACCCCCUGAUCUGCUUUCCUCCAGUCCCCAAGUUCUGCGAGUAGGAGAUCCGGCGCCUCACGACCUCCAACAUAGCCCGGGCGACUCUGGGCCUCUCGAAGAUGGCAUAAUACCGGAGUCCCCGCAAAUGCCCACGGCCAACACGCGAGGCCUACCAGAACCGAUCGACAUUUAUGAGAACAUGCUGGAAUCCCAGGAGAGAAAAAGAAAGAGUGCUGAGUUCGAGGCCGAAGUCUCAGGAGAAGAAUCCGACGACGUGGCCGCGAAAGUGGAGCGGAGGAAACGUGCCGCAUUGAAAAAGAAGGCGGCUGCCAGGGAUCUGACGACUAUUCCUGUGCAGCGGGUAAGCUCCAAUGGGUCUGUGGAGGUGCCCUCAACGACAAGAAAGUCCAGGAAACCUCCGCCGAGGAGGAUGCGAUACCGUGCUCGACGCGUUGAUGAUGACUCGACUGCAUCUGAAGAUGAGAUCGACGGAUUCACAGUGGCCGAUUCCCAAGGUCACGCAGCCGACCCGCAGACUCGUACCAGAAAGUCGCCCGAGGCUGUGGAAGCAGGAAAUGGCGCAAAACUUGGCCUUGUCUCGAGUAACGAUGCGGUGCCCGACAGCGCCGGAGCAACACAGAAAUCUGCCUCAAAUGGCGUGAUACCUGGCACGGAAAGUUCAGGCAACGGAUCUCGGCCCAAGGACCUCAUACCGGAAACUAGUCCCAACAAUACCCAGUCCCGGCCAGAGGGGAGAGAUGAUAUCCCGCCAGACGUAUUAGUGGAAAUCAAGAAGUCACAACAGGCUGAGGAGCCAAACGCCCCGGUGGCCGAGCCAAAGAACACUGAACCAGAAGCCGAGCUUUUGCCCGAGACUCCUGAGCCCUCCCUCCCUCGGCCCUCUCGCAGAUCGAGCCGCAAAUCCAAGCCAACCCUCAAAGCACAGAUUCUCAAGGGUGCUAAUAGUGCCGCUGUGUCCUCAGAUGCCGCCGGAACCGACGAGGCCGUGCCGCCGACCAAAGUUGAGCCAGAUGCAGGCCGAGCCUCGCAGGAAACCGUCGCUACUGUGGUCGACAAGGCAAUAGCUAUACCGACGGAUGUGAUCCCCGAAGUGACAAAUUCGAUAGUGAACGGAGAACCGCCUAUGCCAUCUUCGCCGCCGCUUCCAAAGGCUGUCAACAGUGUUGGACCUUCAGACACGGUUUCCAAGGACAGUCAUGCCGAACAAGGUCCGGCGACACCCGACGUUCGCGCCAACCCUGCCGCUCCAACUGCUCCUGGCUCAACGACAUCAACACUCAGCGUGCUUACAACUACGCCGGUUCCAUCCUCCAAGAGCCCGACUGCAUCACAAGAAUCGGUGGAACUACCAUCUCUCUCACCAGACAAGUCUAAACGUGGACGCCAGCCUACCAAGGCCUUGCCCAAGCUCGCCACCGGAUCGAGGGUCACCAAGCAAGGUACUCGGAAGCUCCGGAGGGCAACUCGCCUUGAUUCCGCAUCGACAGAUGAGCUGCAUAGAUCACCUUCCGUCAACGGAUUCGAGAACAGUAUCAUCCAAGCUCCAAAGACUACCGCUCGGGGCAGCCGCCUAUCUAUGCUCUCUCACACUUCGAAAGACAAUGCUAGCAAAACUCCUAUUUUUGCCGGCAUGGCGUUUGCGAUAUCUUUCCAAUCGAAAAAGGACGGCGAAAAAGCGGAUCAUUUCGAACAACGAAUGAGCCAAAGCCGCGAAAUGGAGAAAACGAUUCUACAGUGCGGAGGCUUAUUGUUGAGCAAUGGCUUUGACGAGCUCUUCGAGCCCAACGCUCUCGGAAGCACGGCAACCAGUCCAGCCUCAGAAACGAGGGACGAGAACCCACUGACGCUGACCCCAUUUGCGCAGACCAUUGGUUUCACUGCCUUGAUCGCCGACGGACACUCUCGCAAAGUCAAGUACAUGCAGGCCCUCGCACUUGGGUUGCCGUGCAUUUCAGAUCGUUGGAUUGCUACUUGCGUGUCAAAAGGUGCCGUGGUCGAUUGGCUCCCCUACCUGCUCUGCGCUGGUCAAUCCACCUUCCUCCGUGAUGCCAUCAGAUCGCGAUACCUAGCGCCCUACUCAGCCUCCGAAGCCCGACUUUCCGAUGUCGUGGAACGAAGACCAAAGAUGUUAGAAGGCAGUCAGAUUCUUCUUGUGAUGAAGAAGUCGAGGGCCGAGGAGAAGAAGAUGCCGUACGUGUUCUUAGCCCACGUCUUGGGUGCCACACUUUCACGGGCAUACAGUGUCGAUGAAGCAAAGGAGACUCUCCGGCAGCGAGAACUGCUCGAAGACCCAUUCGACUGGGUCUAUGUUGAUGAACAUACCGGAUCAGAGGAGGAAUUAUUCAGUACUGUUGUUCCAGCGUCGAAGCCUUCGAAGGCAUCGAAGAAACGAAAGAGGGCUGCGCCGGCGACGGAUGACGCUCCUCGGCCGCCAAAGAGAAUCAGGACUUUGAGCAAUGAGCUUGUCAUACAGAGCUUGAUUCUAGGACGGAUGAUUGAAGAGGGUGAAAUGGAGGUCUGACUCACAUGAGUGACCUGAAAUGUAUAACUAUGUGAGAUCUGGGACGGAAAAAAGGACGAAAGGAGUUGGUAGAGGGCACUUUUACGGCGUUUGAGCAUGGAACGGAAAUGUUAUGGAGAUGAUACCUAUAGGCGGGAGGCAAGCCUUGAUGUGCUUUUGGUCAGCGACCAAUACCACCACAGUUAUUCGAGAUGAAUCAACACAAUUGAAGCCAUGAGACA